GCGAGCGAAGGUUGCUGACAUAAGCCGCGCCAGCCCCUCCCCCGCUUAAUUUUUGAGCUUUCUUGGAGGCAAGAAGAGACAGACACACGCUCCGACUUCCGACGUUGGAUCCUCCCAUAGACACCUGCGACGAUGGCAGAGGCAGAGGCAGGGGCAGCUCCAGGCACGGGCCGAAAGCAGCCAGAGCGGCCGGGCGCAGCAAAGGGACGAGGCGGGAGGUCAAGGCCGACGGAGCUGAGCGGCUCGCCGCUGGUGGCCAUCGCACUCGCCAUCGGCGUCCUGGCCGUCGUCGUGCGAUCCGGCUGGGUCAAUGUCGUCCUCGUCCUCUUUUGCUCCGUGCUGCUGCUGCUGAACCCAUGGGUGCGCACCUUUCUCGAGCUGCCGCAGAUGCCGGGCGUGAAGCUGUCGGCGGACUCGCGGGCCAAGGGUGCCUAUUCGCCUUUUGAUCCCGCCCGCUUUCUCAACAUCGUUGCGCCGUCGCCGUCGCCGUCGUCGUCGCCAUCGCCAUCGACGGUGGAUGCGGCAGACUCAUCGGCGGAGAGGAAAGAGAGCACAAGCAAGCCGGCCAAGAAGCCGCCGCUGGACCGGUCCGAGUCCUAUGCGGCGCUGCGACGCAUGCCCGCACACCUGCGACGGCCGCUGGGCGACCUCGAGGAGCUCGUUGUGCGCGACUUUGUCUGCACCUGGUACGAGUACCACUCGUUUGGCGACAGCUGCCUGCCCAACGAGGCGCGCUACAGCAUCGACCACGCCAUGGGCAGCAUCUAUGCGAGCAUGGAGCAUGCGCGCACCGCCGACGUCGCCUCGGAGCUGCUCCUCACCGCCACGUCGGUCCUGCUGACGACGCUGCGCACCCGCAGGCUGCACCCGGAUGCGCCGCCGAUCUUUGCGUCGGACAGUGCGCGCAUCGCAGCGCUGCGCGAGGCCAUCGACCGUGUCUUUGUGCGCCACAUGAAGGCCUCGGACGGCCACUGCGACAUGCUCCGCGUCCUCCUCCGCGAGAUCAUCUCCAAGCAGGUCUGGAACGCAUUGGGGGGCCUGGGCGAGCCCGACUUUUUCAACCGCAAGAUCGUAGAGUGGGGCCAGAAGAAGGCCGAGAGGGAGGCGGGCUUCGAAUCGCCCAGUGCUGCUUCCGCUUCUGCUGCUGCUUCUGCAGCCGCGUCGCCAGUCCCCCCGCGCCAUUCGUACUCGUCGCCAGUGGUGCCCUUGGCCAAGGACAGCGCCGAUGAAAAAGCAGCCACCGCUGGCCUCCUCUCUCCCCUCGAGUCGCCCACGCAUACAGUGCCCCUCUCGCCGACCAAGCGGCUGGCCAGCCCGGCAAGCCCCAGCCCGGGUGCCUCGGCUGCUGCUGCUGGCGGUGGUCCUGCGCGCGGCGCAUCGCCAUUCACAUCGGAGCCCCUCACGACGCAGCCGCGGGCCAUGGCAAUGCCAAAGACGAUGUCCAUUCCCUCGUCGUCGUCGUCGGCUGCACCCUCGCCCGCGCUGCCGCCGCCGCCUGUGCCUCGACGACCAACCCCGCUGGACAGGCAGGAGAAUGAGGCAGCACCGCCCGCACUGCCACAGCGCAAUGGGAUGGAGCACCCCUCGCUGGCCAGCCCAAGGAAGCCGGUCCCGUCGCCGUCAAAGGCAGAGGCAGAAGAGCAGCUCGCAGCGAGAGACGAGCGGCGGCCGUCGAUGGCCCAGGAGUUUGCUUCGUCGCCCGCCAUGCCCAUGAAUGUGCCUCCGGGCGCACACCAGGGCAUGGUCCUCCCCGAGAGCCUGCGACGGAGCAUGGCGAGCAGAGACAAAGACGAGGAGCACGAUGGCCUCGAGAGCGAAGGCUAUCGCCUCUCGGGCGAGGAGUCGCGGAGAAGAGACUCACAGGGAUGGCCACCGUCGUCGUCAUCGGCAUCGUCAUCAGCACGGCCCUCGCUCGACAUGCAGCGCAGAGAAUCGCAGCAGUCGCAGCCCUCGUCGUCGUCGCGGCCCUCGCUGAACAUGGCCCGGCUCGAGUCGCCGAGGAACAGCAUGUCGAGCCCCUCGCCCUCGUCGUCGUCCUUUUUCGCCUCGUCCAGCACCACCCACAAGCCCCCCUCGAGACCGCCCAGUGCGGCCUCGGGUGGUAUACCCCCUGCGCCCGACCUGGCCGAUGUCCUGUCGAGCGGUGGUGCUGGUGCUGGAAACAGUGCGAACAGCGGCAGUGGCGCUGGAGACGGGGGCGGCCGGAGCGACUCGGCGAGCAUGGCUGCGCUGCGCGACGCGUUCGAGGCCUUUCUCGAGCGCGGCGGCGCCACGUCGCGCUCCCUCUUCUUCUCGCCCCCCUCGGCGGCCACGGUGGCGCCCGGCGAGGGCGAGGCGCUGCUCAAGCUCCACGUGGGCCUGGCCACGAUUGCCAAGCUGGUGCCCACGAGCGACGCUGCCGACGGCGAGAUCUUCCGCCAGGACGCCGAGUCGAUUGUCGCCAAGGCACUAAGGAGCCUGGGUAUGGGCGCCGACGACGGCGGUACUGCCAGCCGCACCGUGCGCGACGCCCUCGUCCACGCGGCGCAGCGCCUCGCUGUCGGUGCCGAGCAGGGCGGCCGCGUGCGCGAGGUGCUGCGGCCUGUCGAGCUGACGCUCUGGGCCCGCCUCUCGGGCCUCUACGAGCACUUUUGGAAGGAGACGUGCACGCGAGCGCAGCAUGUGCCUCGCACGGCGCCGAGCCCCUCUGCCCAUGCGCAGCAGUUUAACACACAGCAGCGCGCCGACGCAGGCCUGCCGCUCCGCUACGACGCCCGACGCGCCAAUACCCUCGAGUCAGCAGCCGCCAAGGCACACGGCGUGUCUGGCUCGGCGCCCGGCUCCAAGACGGCGUCGCCGGCAAGGACGAGCCUCGAGCUGCCGUACGAGCCGCGGCGGAAGCAGGCACCGCCGCCGCUGGCGGCCAAGGCUGGCCACGACGGUGCAAGCCUGCAGAGGCCCGGCUCGACGCCCCCCGUCCGCUCCUCGGUGGGUCUCGGUGCUGCCAGCACCAGUGCCAGUGCCAGCGGUACUACUUCCACCGACGAGAAGAGCAGCCGGCCAAAGUCGUGGCUCGCUGAUGUGGACGAGGCGUCGAGGAGCAGCGCGCUCAUGGGGCCGCCUCCGCCGCCGCCGCCUCGCGCGCAGAAACAAAACGAGGCGCAUACAUCGUCGUCUUCGGCGUCGAGACAGGACCAGCCCGCUGCUAGCACGAGCGAUGGCGCCGCCGCCGCCGCCAAUGCGGCCAAGCGACCGGUGCCGUUGCGGCCCGACGAGGUGCAGGCCGGCACACCACUGGCGACGGACGCGAUUCCCGCGUCGACGGGGCCCCUCAUUGAGAUCUCGGUGACCGACGUGUCGCCCAACGCCGAGCGGCCGAACCAGCCGCUGGACGUGCGCACGCUCGAGCUCAUGGUCGCCGUCGAGGGCCUCGCUGGCGACGGCGGCGGCUUCGUCUUUAUGCGCCAGUGGUCCGAGUUCGAGGCCCUCGACCGUGAUCUCCGGACUGCGCAGACAGGCACUAGCCCGACACUGCCGCGAGCACGGGGCAAGACGAGCGUCGAGAUCAGCCUCGAGGUGCAGCGCUACCUCGACGAGCUGCUGUCGAGCCCGGCGCUCGUGGCCAGCAAGCCCGUGCAGCACUUUGUCGACAAGACGCGCGCGGGCGCCCCGACGGGCCAGCGCGCCAAUGCGCUCCUCAACACGCUCAACCUCACGGGCAGGCACUUUGAGCGUGCGGGCAAAAGCUUUGCGAGUGCCGUCAAGCUGUCGUCGUCUUCCUCGUCAAUUCCAGGUGGGAGCAACAACAACAACAACAACGAGCAGAAUACCGCCGCGCCCAGGGCGGCAAAGGCCAGCGCCGAUGUGCCGUCUACGCCGCCCACCAACGGGAGCGAGGCAGGCGCGGCCUUUGGUGGGCAUUACGAAGGAGGAGCACGGCCAACCAAGGCAGCAGCGGCAGCGGCAGCAGCCGCAUCGCCGCCCUCGUCGGAGCUGUCGCAGGCCCAGCUCGACAACCUGCUCUCGUCGCUCUUCAGCAUCGCCGACGAGGCCUUUAACCUCUCGGGCGGCUGGACCCUGCGCCGGGGCAUGCUGCGCAUCCUCGAGCAGAUUGUCCGCACCCAGUACUGGUCCUCCAUCCUCGGCCUCUUCAACGGCCUCGCCGGCGCCCUCUCGUCGGAGAAAAUGGGCGGCUGGGCCCAGGACGUGUGCAACCGCUUCUGGCCCGGCGGCAAGUGGCACCUCUCCGACGAGGGGCAGGCCCUGCUUGCGGCGCAGGAGCGGGAGAAGCAGCAGCAGCAGCAGUUGCCUCACCCUCAAUCUCAGGCUCAAUCUCAGGCUCCACCUCUACCUCAGCCGCAGCAGAUCAGGACAGACGAAGACAAGCGGCGGACACAUGCAGAGGCACAGCGGAUCCUGCUCGGCUAUGCGCCCGCCCAGGCCGGCUUCAUUCUCGGCCCCGGCGGCAAGCAGGCCACCGAGCGGGCCAUGAUGCUCAUCCACGAGGAGAUUUGCAGCGUGCAGACGAGCUUCGACCUCGCCCUCAUGCUCGUGCUGAGGCUGUGCGACGUCGUGGCCCGCUGAGUGCCCAUCAUCGCACGCAUGUAUAGCAGAUUAAUUACCAUGUGUGAAUUUCCAUUUCCC